UGAAUGGAUGCGUGAAUGUUGUCAUUACGACCAUUGAGAAGAGAUAUCAAAUGAAGAGCACAGAAUCGGGACUAAUAGCCGGCGGUUAUGAUGUCGGCGCCUUCCUCUUUCUGGCACCCAUUUCCUACUUCGGUGGCACCAGAUCUAAGCCUUUGUUCAUUAGCUCCGGGAUCAUUGUUAUGGGUGUAGGCGCUCUGGUAUUCUCUUUGCCUUACUUUACUUCUGGCAGAUAUGAGUUCAGUGAAGAAGUGGAAAGCAUUUGUCUCAAGACUCUCAACACAUUCAAUGAAACCUCGAAUACAUUUUGUUCGAAACAGAACUCUCAUAAAAACUUAUCUAAUUAUAAAUGGAUUUUCUUUUUCGGACAAUUCCUUCAUGGAGUCGGAGCGACACCACUUUACACCUUAGGCUGCACUUAUUUGGAUGAGAGUUUGCCUACAAAACUGUCCUCAUUAUAUUUGGGAAUUUUUUAUUCGAUGGCAAUUGUGGGUCCGGCUGUGGGUUAUGUAUUCGGCGGACAAAUGCUUAAAUGGCUUUAUGUUGACUGGAUUUCAGUCGACUCUAAAGAGUUGGGACUCAGCAAUACGAGUCCCGUAUGGGUGGGCGCCUGGUAUCUAGUGUUCAUCAUUGGCUUUAUGUUAUCUUUAGUAAUAUUCUUUCCAAUAUCUCUGUUCCCUAAAGAAUUGCCGGACACAAAGAAUAUCCGAAAACAAAAGGUAUCGGAAGCGCAUUCAAUACACAACAACACCGAUGCGGUUGACAACAAAGAUUUUGGCCAAAGUGUUAAAGACUUUCCUAAAUCUCUGAUGAUUUUAUUACGGAAUCCCACGUUUAUGUUCCUCAAUCUUACCGGAGCUUCAGAGGGUAUGGUUUUGUCGGCGUUGGCCUCAUUUUUACCCAAAAUAAUUGAACAACAGUUCAGUUUGGCGACGAGUACAGCAGCUCUUAUGGUCGGCAUUGUCUCAAUCCCUGGCGCCGGUGGCGGCACAUUCCUCGGCGGUUAUAUUGUCAACAGAUAUGACCUAAAGUGUGCCGCAAUUAUUAAAUUCUGUAUCUUUUGUUCUGUGGUCUCCAUAUGUCUGAGCAGUGCUUUCCUAAUCUCGUGUCCAAACGUGAACUUUGCGGGCCUUACGGACGCAUAUCCUAACCAAAGCUCAACCGUUUUAGAUAUCGAUUCCAAAUGCAAUUCCGAUUGUUUCUGUUCGUCCUAUCAAUACGAUCCGGUCUGUGGUCUAAACAAUCAGAUGUAUUACAGCGCCUGUUAUGCCGGCUGUCGUCACGUCUCUCUAUCGGAAAACUCGAAACAUUAUUCUGACUGCAAGUGUCUUAAACCACUCAUGAAUAGCUCACAAAUGAAUCCCAUAUCGAGUGGAUUUACGAUUGAAGCCAAAAGAAACAAAUGUGAAUCUGAAUGCAAAUUAUUGCCGUAUUUUUUGUUUAUGAUAUUCUUGUGUGAAUUCUUUGCCUUUUUAAUUGCAAUGCCUUCAUUGACUGCAACUUUAAGAUGUGUUGCCGACAGUCAAAAAUCGUUUGCUUUGGGGAUCCAAUGGAUCGGAGUCCGCAUUUUGGGUACAAUACCGGCGCCACUCAUAUUCGGCUCAUUGAUUGACUUGAGUUGUAUAUUAUGGCAAAAAACAUGUGAUAAGUCGAGUGGCGCUUGUCUUGUAUAUGACAACCAACUGAUGGCAACCAAUAUCUUGGGGAUUGUAUUCUUCCUUAAAGUGCUUUCCUUUAUAUUUCUAUUCUUCUCGUGGUUUCUCUAUAAGAGUCCACAAACUGAGACCAAUGCCGGCCCACAGAAUGGACUCCAGUCUCUCCAUAACGAGGGGAUGGAAAUGAGUGCUCAACCUAUCAAUUUUUGUCCAAAACUUAAUCUCAACGAUAACUCAACCAAAUUAUGAUAUAUUUAUUCAUUUCUAUACGUUUUAUACAAUUUAAUACAAAUUUUAACUCAUUUUUAAGGUAUAAAUGAAAAGCCAAUACAAUAAUUGUUUUUAAUUUAUUAUAUCUAAUGAAUAAAGCUUUUAAACUAUU